GCCGCCUCCUCUCUCUCCUUCCUUUCCUCCCUCCGUCCCCGCCCCUCCGGAGCGACGUCCCCCCGCGAGUUUGCUUCGCUACCCGCGCCCAUCGCCGCAUCUCUCCUGUCACCAACUCCGGGGCGCUGCCGGCCGCGGGCAGGGACCCGAAGUUGCCGUUAGCCCGGGUGGAAAGUAACGACAACGCGGAAGGGGCCGGAGCCGCACACAGCAUAGCCCGGCCCAGCCGAGCGGGGCUGGCGCAGCGCUCCUCCACACGCAGCAUCCCCAUCCCCGACAGGAUGUUGGCUCCGCGCCCCGCGCUGAGCUGGUCGGGGCAGAGCGACACCGCCCCGUGACCGCUACCGGCAGCCCCGAGCCUCGCCGGAUCCGCUACGAAAGAACCAACAUGCAGAGUGGAAGGAAACCUCAAGGUGGUCUUCUAACCAGGAAAUCUGGACCUUCUGCCUCUUUCACAUGUUUUCUUUUCGCUUCCUAAUGGGAGGAGCAGGAUUAUCUGAAUCACUGAAGCAAAAUUUGGGCAUCAUUGGCUGAAGAGAAGAUGAAAGAAGACUUGAAAACGCGUCGAUACUCUGUGACUAUUAAUUCAGAUGCAGCAUUCGCAACAGGGAAUAGUGGUUAAAAGCAGUUGCAUCAGAGGACGCUGAAGGAGGAUCGAUGUUGGGCUUUUUUUCCUCAGUCAUUUUUUCCUUUCCCACUCACCCAUGAGUCCCAAAAGAGAAAGAUGGAAAGCGUGCGUAUGAAAACUGAGAUGAGGGGCAGGCUGAAGACAAUGACUUCACCUCUGGAGUCUGUUUGCCCUGUAAAUUCCCUCUCUCAUCCAAUGCAACACAUUGUUCCACGUAGAUUAUAUCGCUCUGUGAUCGGUGGAGUCGCUCUCAGCUCUCAAAGUGCAAUUUGACCUGGUUGAAAGCUUUUGGCAAGAGUAAAUGGGUGACUCGGAUUCCUUUCCUGAAGUCAAGUGGUUCAAGUUGUCAGGAGAUUUGGUCUCUUAACUUGUGGUUUAUGCGCUCAUCUGAGAGAUUUUACUUUUUUUUCCUCCCUGAUUUUAGUAUUUAUGCUGUAGAGUUGCGUUUUGACAAGAAGUGUGAGCAGACAAGCCACCUGAGAAUUAAGUUUUCAGCAGCCUUUUUAUUUCAGUGUUGCAAGUAAUCUGAGUAUCAGUUGGAAUACAGGCUUUUGUCCUAAAAAUAUGCCUUAAGAUGUUGGGUUUUCUGUGAACUGGAUCAAAGUUUGACAUCUGAACGUUGUGCUUUGUUAGGAAAUGCAUGCCUGGGGAAGAGGAGCUGCCUAAUGGAUCAUGGCUCUGAUGGUCUUGGGGCAUACUUUAUUUCUAGCUCUAAUGAUGUUUGCUGUCUUCACUUUUGAAGAAUCUGUAAGCAAUUACUCUGACUGGGUGACUUUCAUAGAGAACGUAGAUCAAUAUGAAAAGCAGAAACUUGAAGGUCUCAGUGCUGAGCAGAAGCUGAAAAAAACAGCCCUUCAUCCAAGCUUGUAUUUUGACGCUGAAGAUGUCCAGGUGCUGAGGCAAAAGGCUCACACCAGUCAUUCCCAGCUCUUCAGAGCCAUCAGAAGCGCAGUGACGGUUAUGCUCUCCAACCCGUUGUACUACCUACCUCCACCCAAGCACGUUGAUUUUGCUGCUAAGUGGAAUGAGAUUUACGGUAACAAUUUGCCACCUCUAGCGUUUUAUUGCUUGCUGUGCCCCGAAGAUAAAGCUGCCUUUGAUUUUGCCCUGGAAUAUAUGGAUAGAAUGGCUGGCUACAAAAACUGGUUGGUUGAGAAUGCGCCAGGAGAUGAAGUCCCCCUCGGUCACUCCCUAACAGGAUUUGCCACUGCUUUUGAUUUCUUGUACAAUUCACUGAAAACUGAGAGAAGGCAAAAAUACCUGGAGAAGAUAUGGUCUGUAAGUGAGGAAAUGUAUGAGUACUCCAAGGUUCGUUCCUGGGGAAAGCAGCUUCUCCACAAUCACCAAGCCACCAACAUGCUUGCUUUGCUUAUCGGGGCUUUAGUUUCUGGGGUGGACAAAGGAUCUCAGGCAAACAUUUGGAAACACACUGUUGUUGAUGUGAUGGAGAAAACAAUGUUUCUGCUCAACCACGUUGUCGACGGGUCGCUGGAUGAGGGAGUAGCCUACGGGAGUUACACAGCCAAGUCGGUAACGCAGUACGUUUUCCUGGCCCAGCGGCACUUUGGUAUUAACAACCUGGGCAACAACUGGCUCAAAAUGCACUUUUGGUUUUACUAUGCCACCCUCUUACCAGGCUUCCAGCGGACUGUGGGCAUAGCCGAUUCCAAUUACAACUGGUUUUACGGUCCUGAGAGCCAGCUGGUUUUCUUGGACAAGUUUAUCCUGAGGAACGGAGCUGGCAACUGGCUGGCACAGCAGAUUAGAAAACACAGACCCAAGGAUGGGCCCAUGGUGCCGUCCACUGCACAGAGGUGGAGCACACUGCACACUGAAUUUAUAUGGUACGCCGCUGAAAUCGCUCCACAGCCACCUCCUGACUAUGGCACUGCUAAAAUGCACGUGUUUCCCAACUGGGGAGUUGUUACUUAUGGGGCUGGGUUGCCAAACAGCCAGACAAACACCUUCGUGUCCUUUAAGUCUGGAAAACUCGGUGGACGUGCUGUCUAUGAUAUUGUUCACUUUCAGCCAUACGCCUGGGUUGAUGGGUGGAGAAGUUUUAAUCCAGGACAUGAACAUCCCGAUCAGAACUCUUUCACUUUCGCUCCCAAUGGACAAGUGUUUGUAUCUGAGGCUCUUUAUGGACCUAAACUCAGCCACCUGAACAACGUUUUGGUCUUUGCUCCGUCUCCUACAAGCCAGUGCAACCAGCCUUGGGAAGGACAGCUUGGUGAAUGUGCCCAGUGGCUGAAGUGGAUUGGUGAUGAAGUUGGAGACUCAACUGGAGAAAUUAUAACAGCCUCCCAGGCUGGAGACAUGAUGUUUGUGAGUGGUGAGGCAGUAUCUGCUUACACGGCAGCAAUGAAACUGAAAAGCGUUUAUCGCGUUUUGCUGCUCUUAAACUCUCAGACCUUGUUAGUAGUGGAUCAUAUCGAGAAGGAGGAAGACUCUCCUGUUGAUUCUGUCAGUGCCUUUUUUCAUAACCUUGACAUUGAUUUUAAAUACAUACCCUACACAUUUAAGAACAGAUACAGCGGAGCUAUGAUGGAUGUGUGGGAUGCCCACUACAAGAUGUUUUGGUUUGAUCAUCAUGGGAGUAGCCCUGUUGCUAGGAUACAGGAGGCAGAACAAGCUGCUGAAUUCAAGAAGAGAUGGACUCAGUUUGUAAAUGUUACCUUUCCCAUGAAAAGCGCCCUCACGAGGAUUGUUUACCUUUUCUAUGGCCCCUAUGUCAAUGUUUCUGAUUGCAGACUCACAGAUAAUGCAAAAUCUGGGUUUCAGGUUUCACUCAGCGUCAACAACACUGAAAACAUCAUCUCUGUUGUGACCGAGUAUCAGAACUUAAAGACCAGGUUCGAUUAUUUGGGAUUUGGUGGUUUUGCCAAAGUAGUCCAUGGAAACAGAGUGACCAAGUUUGGUUUAGGUACUGAAUCUGUGAAAAAACAGGUGAAAAGCACGAGGGUGGUUUUCCCGUUUGGAUUCAAAGUGAACGUGGCUGCAGGGUUGAUCCUGGGCGUUAGCUUGGUCAUACUGGCUUUCCAGUGGCGCUUUUACAUAUCCUUUGGUAAAAUGUUGCGUUGGAUCCUGGUGCUGGUUGUCACACUGUGGCUUGUGGAGUUGGUGGAUGUGUGGAGCGUGUGUACUCAGCCCAUCUGUGCAAAGUGGAGCAGCGACGUGACGAGGCUGGAGCACGAGAAAGGCAAUAAAGCCAAACAGUUAGAAGGAAACCCUGUUUUUUUGCCAGAUGUUAUCAUUACUUCACUUCCCAUUUCUGGUGCAGAAAUUUUAAAGCAGCUGUUUUACAACAGCAGUGACUUCUUGUACAUCAGGAUACCCACUCCCUACCUUGAAAUUCCCGAGACAGAGUUUGAGAUCAAUUCCUUUGUAGAUCCAUGUGAAUGGAAGGUUUCUGAUGUCCAGAAUGGUCAUUUUCGUCUUAUUCAAGGGUGGCUCCAGUCCCUGGUUCGAGGCACAAAGCUGCACUUACAAAACAUCCAUUUACAUGAAGCCAGCAGAAGUAAAAUUGCUCAGCAUUCUGCCAUAGGCAAAGACAAAAGGAAAAGAUCAAAAAAGAGAGAAACUCUAUUAGAGCAAAGAGGCAGGGCAAGAGGGAGUCAAGAUAAAGAUGCUGAACAUGUUAGGGAACUGAGAAGACAUCUCCUCUAUUACCCUAAUGCACGACCUGUGCUUAGUUUAAGUAGUGGAAGCUGGACAUUAAAGCUUCCCUUCUUUCAGGAGAUCCUGGGACCAACAAUGAGAGCAUUAUACGUGGUAAGGGACCCACGGGCAUGGAUCUAUUCAAUGCUGUACAAAAGUAAGCCAAGCCUUUACUCCUUGAAGAACGUUCCACAACACUUGGCUGCAAUGUUUAAAGGGGAGAAUGGUAAAGGAAAAUGUACUUUAAAUGAAGGCUAUGCCUUUGAAUAUGAAUCAUUAAGAAAAGAACUUUCAAACUCGAAUUCAAACGCUGUCUCUGUGUUAUCCUACUUGUGGCUAGCAAACACAGCAGCAGCGCUGAGAAUAAACAGGGGCUUGCUGCCGACUAACUAUCAGCUGGUCAAGUUUGAAGACAUCGUGAGCUUUCCUCAGAAGACAGCUGAAACAAUUUUUGCCUUUCUUGGUAUUCCUCUUCCUCCUGCUAGCUUAAACCAAAUAUUGUUUGCCACCUCCACCAAUCUUUUCUAUCUUCCUUACGAAGGGGAAAUUUCGCCAAGCAGCAUUCACGCCUGGAAAGAAAACAUGCCCCACGAAGAGAUUAAACGGAUCGAAGAGAUCUGUUGCUCUCUAAUGGACCAUUUAGGAUACCCAAAGUUUAUAGAAUAAAUGCUGCUGGUCAGCAGAAAUUUGCACUAAUGAUCUCUUGACUCCCAGUUUGUGGGUAAAUACCAGAGAAGUUUGUUUAUUCUUGUAAAAUGUGUACAGUCUGCUACUUUCAGAGAGGUUAUUUUGAGAAAAAGAUAGCUGUGCUUGCAACUGUGGUUGGUUUCUUCUGUGUGGUUUUGGUUGUUAGGGGUUUUUAUUUGGGGUGGUUUGUUUUUUUUUGGGUAGCUUUGGUUUAGUUUGUUUAAUUUUGUGUGCGUGUACUGGGUUUUGUGGGGAGUUUUUUUGGUGGGUUUUUGGGUUUGUCUGGUUUUUUUUUAACACCUUGGGACUAUUUUUGCUGCCUUUCGAAACUAAACAAAACAAAAAGCUGUGUGAACCUUUGAAGAACUACCAGCUGGGAACUUUACUAGCUCAGGGGAUUAGUAAGAGAGCAUGAAGCUUUUCGCCUCCAGCUCACCAGUUUGACUCCAGCCUGAGUGGUUAGUUCCUGAAAGCGCUUACAGCCUGGUGAUUUUGUGGUGCUUCUAUGAAGUAGAACUGGUUAAACUGGUCCAUUUCCCACUGGUGAUUAUCAGCCCCCUUGGAUAGGUUUACUGAAACAUUCUGUCUGUCUCUCACUGAUCACUAUCGUGGUGCAAAAUGAACGUGUGCUGAGAUUUCAGGCUGUUCAGUGUCCCUUCAGUGGGAGGAGAGUCAGAACAUUUGAGUUUCUUUAUCUAUGAUCUCAGCAGACAGGCCCAGGACUGGAAUGGACAUGGAUAUUGAAUACAGAUAUGGUUCUUUCAGCUCAGAGAUAUGGCACUUAAAUUGGUUCUCUGCUUUGAUGUAAAGAGAAGACUUCAUUUUCCAUGCCUGGCUAUGUGGUACCAUUUUGUAAGCCUGGAGUAAACUAUCUGGAGAAAAAGAAACAGGAUAAAAUCUAGGAAACUGACUACAUCUUUGUGUAGUUUUGACCUGCCUCAACCUAACUUAAUUUUGAAGGCUGUUAACAUCUUGGUUCCUUGCACUGUUUUCAUACAGUAGCUCUUGUCUAAGAGGUUCUGCAAGGAUUUUCUCUUCUUUGAGUAAGACUUUUCCAUCUUCCUCUCUUGUAACACAUUUCUGUGCUGAUUCUUGUGCAUCAGUUCACUGAGACCAGUGCAAGUAUUUGAUGUCAUUGUCAGUGGUUUAUUGUUGAUGUCUGCAUAAAGUGGCAGUCUGAGAUACAGAAGAUAUGAAAUAAAUCUCCAGGUCUGUGUUGCUGAGGGAUGUUUUGCUUUUGUGUAUGAUGGAUUUCUGGAGGACAACCCUUGCCAACCUCAGGUCUCCUUUCAGAGAAGGGAGAAAUCUGGAAAUCAGCCGUCCCUCAGCCACCACACAUUUAAGUGAUGUUUCCCUGCAGUAAAUGAUUUCCAAAAA